CCACCCUGAUCCUGAGGACCCUGACUUGUUCCCCGCGUUUUCUUCUUCCUUUUCACGCUAAAAUUAUAAAUUUUCAUGUCGCUCAAGUGGGGAAUCAUUGGUACUGGUAGCAUCGCACAUACUUUCGCCACUGGGUUGAAGGCCGCAAAAAGGGGCGAGCUUGUUGCUAUCGGCAGCCGAGCCAAGGAAAGCGCUGUCAAGUUUGGCGCCCAAUACGGAGUACCAGACGACAAGUGCUACGCUACCUAUGCUGAACUCUUUAAUGAUCCCUCGGUCGACAUUGUCUACAUUUCCACCCCGCAUCCACAACACUGUGAAGUCUCCAUUCAAGCCGCACAAUCCAAAAAGAACAUUCUGGUCGAGAAGCCCUUCGCCAUGAACGAGGCUGAGGCGACGCGUAUUCUUGCCGCAGCCAAGGAGAACGACGUGUUCUUGAUGGAAGCAUACAUGUAUCGAUGCCAUCCACAAACCUGCAAAAUUGUAGAGCUGGUUCAUAAUGGAAGUAUUGGUGAUGUCAAGAUGAUCAAAGCCAACUUUGCAUUCGAUGGUCGCCCCCUGGGUGCCUCGUCGAGAUUGUGGAGAAACGAGCUGGGUGGCGGUGCCAUCAUGGAUAUUGGCGGAUACCCCAUGUCAUUUGCUCGUUUGAUUGCUGGUGCUGCUACAAACUCUGGUUUCGCUAACCCUACCGAGAUUAAGGCAGUUGGUCACGUUCAAGCCGAUACGCAGGUCGAUGAGUGGACAACCGCUUCUUUGGCUUUUGGCGAAAAGAUCUCUGCACAACUCUUUACAGCCAUUUUUGCUGAUCUGGAUAGCUGUAUCGAAGUGCUCGGUAGCAAAGGAUCUAUCAAGGCACCCAAUCUCUGGAGACCGGAUUUGCCAGCCAUGGCUCCCAUGAAAAUCGAACUGACAGAGUACGGCAAGGAGCCCCAGGUGGUGGCUUUUGAUCUUCCAGAACCCGACCUUUAUGCGAUCGAAGCUGAUGCUGUUGCAGAUGCCGUCUUUCAAGGUGCCAAAGAAUGCAAAUACAUGACAUGGGAAGAUAGUAUGGGCCAGAUCCGUGCCAUCGACAAAUGGCGCAAAGAAAUUGGACUGAUUUAUUCAGCUGAUAAAUAAUCCUUGUAAACACGAACAUAUUGUAAUCAUUAACGCUGCAAUAAAGUGCAUUGAUAAUAUUGUAUCACACCAUCUAUUGUAGCUAUAGAUCUAAUUUUGGAUUUAAAAAAUGAUUGUUUAGAAU